AUGGAUCCCAGCGAUGUGCAAGCCAGCUCAGACGAGCAGAGCAGUAUCACUAUAACGGUUCACCAUCAAGGAAGCACUCACUCUAUAUCGCUGCCAAACGACUCGACUCUUCAAGACCUCUCAGAUGAGCUUUCAGAGAAACUGUCCAUCCCAUCACAGAACCAGAAACUGCUUAUUUCACCUAAACCAGGCCUGCAAAAGCCUCCGUUUCCGCCGACGCUCCUAUCUUCCCUACCUCUACACUCCCCUCGCGGCAAAAUAACACUUCUUGGUAGUACCAGUGGAGAAAUAGAUUCAUUAAAGAGACCCGUGUCUUCAUCUCCCGCUCGCAAGUCAAUAAUUAAGCCCGCAAAACCAUUUUCGCGCCAACAGCCGUCAUCGUCAUCACAAUAUACAUUCCAUAAGCUACUACCACUUCCAUACCUACCCAACCCCGAACGCAGCCUUGCGUUUCUAGCCCGUCUACGUGAUGAUCCCGGAAUUCGCAAGGCGAUGGCUCGCCACCAAUUCUCAAUACCCCUACUUACUGAAAUGGACCCAGCCCAACACACGACAAUGUCGUCACGUACGCUUGGCCUGAAUCGGAAUAAAGGGGAGGUGAUUGAACUCCGCCUUCGAACGGAUGCGUAUGAUGGAUACCGGGACUAUAGAACUAUACGAAAGACUCUCUGCCAUGAGCUAGCGCACUGUGAAUUUAGUGAUCAUGAUCGAGAUUUUUGGAACUUGACGGGACAGAUUGAGAAGGAAGUUGAGAGGGCUGAUUAUUGGGGAAAUAAGGGGCGAAGUGUUAGUGAUCAGGAAUUUUAUAAUCCCGUCGAUUGGGAGGAUAUGAACGCCCAAGGGGUUGUGGACCAUGGUGGGUGGACCGGAGGUGAGUUUGUUCUCGGUGGUUUAUCUGGAAAGCCGAGUAGUUCUGAGAAGGGGCUGAGCAGGCGAGAGAUUCUGGCCAACGCAGCCGAAGCAAGAAUGGCGAAUAUGGGGUCUAAGUCUAGUCACCAGGAGCAAACCGGCGACAGCUCUGGGUCUGGCCAGGAGCCAGACAACCCCUGA